AUGGCUCGGUCAGCCGCCACAACGGCCACCAAAGAGGCCCAGCCUCAACCUGCCGCCGCUGCUCCUCCUCCAGCUCCAGCCGACGGCGAUAACAAGCUGCACGAAUUCUUCUGGACUUACACCGAAGAGCCGCACCGCACACGCCGCCUGGCCAUCAUCAAGGCCCAUCCCGAGGCAAGCCUGACUGCUCCCCUCAUCUCUCAUCCCCCCCCCCACCACUCUGCUGCUCGGAAACAAAACAUCACCGCUAACGCAAGGCAUUGUGAUUCCAAUUUGCAGGUCCUCAAGCUAUGCGGCCCUGAGCCUCUGACCAAAUACGUCGUUGCCGGCGUCGUCGGCCUCCAGAUCGUCCUGGCCUACCUCCUGCGGUCAACGCCCUUCUGGUCCUGGAAGUUCUGGGCCGUCGCCUACGUCUUUGGCGCCACUGCCAACCAGAACCUGUUUCUGGCCAUCCACGAAAUCUCGCAUAACCUCGCCUUCAGGAGCCCGCUGGCCAACCGCCUCAUUGCCAUCUUUGCCAACCUGCCCAUUGGAAUUCCUUAUAGUGCUUCGUUCAGGCCGUAUCACCUCACUCACCACAAGUCCCUCGGCGUGGAUGGCCUCGACACCGAUCUCCCAACUGCCCUAGAGGCCUUUGUCCUCGACUCCAUCUUCGGCAAGGCCUUCUUCUGCACGUUUCAAAUCUUCUUCUACGCCAUCCGCCCAAUGGCCGUCUACCGCAUCCCCAUGACUUGGGUUCACCUCCUCAACGUCGUCACCCAGCUCGCCUUUGACUUUCUUCUCUUCCACUUUGCUUCCAUCAACGCUCUCCUCUACCUGCUGCUCUCCUCCUUCCUCGCCGGCAGCCUGCACCCUCUGGCCGGCCACUUCAUCGCCGAGCACUACGUCUACGAGACCGUCACCCCUACUCAGCGGAACCCCGACAACAAGGUCCCCGUUCCAGAGACCUUUUCCUACUACGGCCCCCUCAACAUUCUGACCUACAAUGUGGGGCUGCACAACGAGCACCACGACUUCCCGGCCAUUCCUUGGACAAGACUCCAUGCCGUGUAUGACAUUGCCAAGGAGUUUUACGAGCCUCUUCCCCGCCACGAGAGCUGGGUCUAUGCCAUCUGGCGGUUCAUCUGGGAUGAGAACGUGGGCAUCAGCUGCCGCGUCAAGAGAAAGAAUGGCGGCCGUAUCGUCGGCGGCGCUGUCAAAUGGAAGCAGUCGGAAGUCGAGGCUUAA